CCAAAAGAGAUUACCAAAACCCGCAGGUUUGCACCUUGUCGAACCGGAAAGUCCAAAAAACCCAAACCAAAAGAUGCUCUCUUGAGUUCUGUGAGCAAGAGUGAGCACGACGUUAUCCCCAAAGUUGAACCUGAAGUCUAUAGUGGCUCCGUUAAAAUGGAGAUUGAUUCAAAAGUGAAUAAUGAGCCGGAGACAACGGAAGCUGAGUUGAUGGAGGUAGAUCAGAUUUCACUGCAGGAGGAAGAAGAAGAAGAAGAAGAGGAAGACUUUGUUGUUCGUGAGAUUGACGUUUUCUUCAAUCCGUCUAUUGAGGCAAACUCUAAGCUUUAUGUUCUACAAUAUCCUCUAAGACCGUCUUGGCGUCCAUACGAAAUGGAUGAACGAUGCGAAGAAGUUAGAGUGAAUCCCUCUACUUCCCAGGUGGAAGUUGAUUUGUCUAUGAAUAUCCAUUCGAGAAACUAUGACUCCAAGUUUGGAAGUAAAUUACAUUUGACUAAGCAGACCUUGACAACAACAUGGAAGCAGCCUCCUACUUUGGAUUAUGCUGUUGGGGUUCUUUCAAAUGAUAAGUUACACUUGAAUCUUGUUCAUGGUAUUGCUCAGCUCCGACCGUCUAUCCAGCAUCUUUCAUCCAUAAAGAAACAAGCAGAAGCUAUUGAAGAACCUAAUUGGGUUUCACUCAAGUAUCAUGGACCUCAAUCCGAGUUUUGCUCCAGAUAUCUUAACGGAAUGAUGGCGAAUGAGAACUCUUCAAUAGACUUCAACAUGAGCCCUGAGGUUUACAUCAACUCUCUGUGCCGUCGGAGAAACUCUGAAUCAAAACAUUCUUCGAGAAGGUCUUGACCUCGCUACCGCUUGAAGAACGUGUGCAAAAGCUGCUCUGCCAGGGACCUCCAUUAUUUCAAUACAAUGUUCUUAAGCAAUAUGCUCCAGAGUUGUCAAACGAGGAGUUCUUAAAGGUCCUCCAACGAUAUGCGUGGUUAGUUCAAGGGUUAUGGACUCCCAAAACUAGGCUACUCAAACUAGACAGACCAAUAGUAGAGGCUUCAAGGGAUUAUGUCCUGAUGUUGUUCAGCAAGGGUUUAACUAUAAAGGAAUCUGACGUCAAAGCAACUGGUAUCCCUGAGGAUAAAAUGAAAACUAUGUUGACUGUAUUUGCCAAAGAAAGGUCUCUGCUAUGUGAUUGGAAGUUCAAAGAGCCCACUGAUGUUUCCUUCAUAAAAGCCUACCCGGAGAUUGCUAAGGAGCAAGCAGCUUUUUGGAAAGCUAUGGAAGAUAAGCUUACGUCAAAGAUAACCCAAGGAGGAGGAAGAAGUAAAGUUGAUGAUAACCGGAAGUCUUCAUCAAAUAGAAAAGCUAAUAACCGGAAGAAUGUUGUAGGCAAAAAUCCUUCAGUU